UUGAACGUCCCCCGGCUCUCAUUGUGCAGCCGAGGAAACAUCGGAAGGUUUCGACGACGUCGGUAUGAAAUGGCAGAAAGUGCUUGUGUCGCGGAAGCACCGAGAUUAGGCUACGUAGGAGCUGCACAUGUUUACUGUGGCGACCCCGGCCUGCUGAACUGAGAGCUAACGGGAGAGUGCUACUGUUGGGGGUGGGGGGGACGUGGAUUAAAGACCACCAGGAUUUCCUGCCUAAAAAAAACCCGUCCAGCUCGCGUCUGAGGGAGGCAGCAGGCGGCGGCGGCUGCAGGUCGACACUGCUGGAAUUAACCGGAGAGGGUGAAUGCAUCUUGUUCCACUAUUGAUCUGAGACGCCUGUGUGGUGAUGUUUUUGGCUCCAUGUACUGCACACUGCUGCAGGGGAAUGCACCAAGAAACCUGACUCCAGCACCAAAAAGUGAAAGGUGUCCAGAGUCUCGGCAGGCACUCAUCUCUACGUAAAGACGUGUACCAAAUCUUGAGAGGCCUGCCCUUCUUGGAUGCCCAGGCUCAGAGUUCUACCAAGGUUUCAUCAUGAACCGGAACAAGCGUGAAAAGGAGUAUUACAGCAUAGACGUGGGCGAUUCAACUUUUACAGUCCUGAAGCGCUACCAGAACCUCAGACCUAUUGGAUCCGGAGCACAGGGGAUUGUCUGUUCAGCGUAUGACCACAACUUGGAGAGGAACGUUGCCAUCAAGAAGCUGAGCCGGCCCUUCCAGAACCAAACCCACGCCAAGCGGGCCUACAGGGAGCUGGUGCUCAUGAAAUGUGUCAACCACAAGAACAUCAUCGGCCUGUUAAACGUUUUCACGCCUCAGAAGACACUGGAGGAGUUCCAAGAUGUGUAUCUAGUGAUGGAGCUGAUGGACGCCAACCUGUGUCAAGUGAUUCAGAUGGAGCUGGACCACGAGAGGCUGUCCUACCUGCUCUACCAGAUGCUGUGUGGGAUUAAACACCUCCAUGCUGCAGGCAUCAUACACAGGGACCUGAAGCCCAGCAACAUUGUAGUAAAGUCUGACUGCACACUGAAGAUCCUGGACUUUGGCCUGGCCAGGACCGCUGCCACCGGCCUCCUCAUGACGCCCUACGUAGUGACCCGUUACUACCGUGCCCCCGAGGUCAUCCUGGGCAUGGGUUACCAGGCCAACGUUGAUGUCUGGUCUGUUGGAUGCAUCAUGGCUGAAAUGGUCCGAGGUAGUGUGUUGUUUCCAGGCACUGAUCACAUUGACCAGUGGAACAAGGUGAUCGAGCAGCUGGGGACGCCGUCUCAGGAGUUCCUCAUGAAGCUCAACCAGUCGGUGAGGACCUACGUGGAGAACCGGCCGCGUUACGCCGGCUACAGCUUUGAGAAGCUCUUCCCCGAUGUCCUGUUCCCUGCUGACUCUGAACACAACAAGUUGAAAGCGAGCCAAGCCAGGGACCUUCUAUCCAAAAUGCUGGUAAUAGACGCUUCCAAGCGGAUCUCUGUGGACGAGGCUCUCCAGCACCCUUACAUUAAUGUGUGGUACGAUCCGACUGAAGUGGAGGCACCGCCGCCCGCCAUCACAGACAAGCAGCUGGACGAGCGGGAGCACACAGUGGAGGAGUGGAAAGAGUUGAUAUAUAAAGAAGUGCUGGACUGGGAGGAAAGGACGAAGAAUGGUGUCAUCAGGGGACAGCCUGCAUCUAUAGGUGCAGCAGUGAGCAGCAGCCCUCAGCAGCAGCACCAGCACCAUCCCUCCACGUCCUCGUCCUCCGACCCCACCCUGACCGACACGGACAGCAGCCUGGAGACGGCCCCCGGCCCCGCGGGCCCCCCAGGCUCCGCAGGCCCCGCUGCCAAGGCCGGCGGCCCCGUGGGCUGCUGCAGAUGACUAUCACACCUCCCCUCACCCACAGUACCCUCCUCCCCUCUGUGCUCGUCUCCAGUAGUUUAGCGUAUUAGUCAGAUAGCUGUUUAAGUAAAAUGUCUGAAACAACA